UGUAGUUGAUGAUUUGUAUUCUACUAAUGUUCUUCUUUUGAUAGGUUUGGCAUAUCAGAUACUUAGCGACUACCCAAACCUUGUUAACUAUGUUAAUGAGAAUGGUUUGUCUCCUCUCCAUAUUUUGGCCAGCAAGCCAAAUGUAUUCAUCAGCAGUAGUCCCCUUCGACUCAUCGAUCGCAUCAUCUAUCACUCUUCUCUGAAGAACGAUGGGGGUUGGAAGUCAUUUUUACGCUUAAGUUGGGAGGGUUCCAGUCACUCUCUUCCUGCAGAUAGAAGCAGAAAGAAAACUACCCGUCCAAGUGAUGAGGAAGAUCCCCAUCAAAAGAGCAAUGUUUCUCAAGGAAAGGAUAUUCAAGGAGCUUCACCGAAUGCACAAAGGUCUGGAUUACGCAAUGAUGGAAAACAAGCAAGGAGAGAAGACGAUGGCGAUCUCUCCUUUCCUCCCAAUUACUCCACGUGUCUUGGAUUCUUCAAACUUGUCAUGAAGGCACUGCUAAUUAUUCUUGGACUUGGCAUUGGAAGGAUAAAGAAAAUCACAGAAAAGAAAGAGAAACUUGUGUGGGCUCAUCAGAUCAUGAAUGAACUGGUUGAACGUGCAUCUACUUACAAAUAUGAUUAUAAUGGAAGAACGCCCCAAAUUUUCAAGGAUGGAGGAGGAACCGAAGUUCCAACGUCGGCACCCUUAACGGAUGACCCUGAUAAAUCUUUGAGCAUAACAAUGAACUCUGGGAAGGAUCAGAAAAAGAAGGAUCCGAAUAGAUUAGAUGGCACGGAUAAAAGGGACACACCUGGAUAUUAUGGGAAGAGGGAGACUCCAUUAUUAAUAGCAGCAAAGAUGGGAAUUGCUGAAAUGGUGGAGAAAAUCCUCUACACAUUUCCGGUGGCUAUCCAGGACUUGGAUUCCAAUAAGAAGAAUGUUGUGCUCUUGGCAGUUGAGAACAGGCAAGCUGAUGUGUACAAACUCUUGCUAAAAGGUAGUUACCUUAAGGAGAGCGUACUCCGUCAAGUGGAUGACCAAGGGAACAGCGCACUGCAUCUUGCUUCAAUGUUUGGGGAUCACCAGCCUUGGCUCAUUCCAGGCGCAGCAUUGCAAAUGCAAUGGGAAAUUAAGUGGUACAGGUUUGUCAAACACUCUAUGCCUCCCCAGUUCUUUGUUCACUAUAACAAAAGGGGCGAGAACCCAAGUGAGAUCUUCAGUCGCACACACGAAAAACUGGUGAAAAAUGGUAGCAAAUGGCUUAUCAAAACCUCUGAGUCGUGCUCUUUGGUCGCAGCACUCAUUGCAACAGUUGCAUUUGCAACAUCAGCAACUGUGCCAGGUGGCGCCAAUAAAGAAACCGGUGUUCCAAUUCUUGGAGGCGAGCCCGCGUUUGUUGCCUUUUCCAUCUCGUCACUAAUUGCUCUCUGCUUCUCUGUCACAGCCCUGGUGUUUUUCCUGGCAAUUCUCACCUCUCGAUGCCAAGAAAAAGACUUCCAUAGAGAUUUACCAAGGAAGCUUCUGCUUGGUUUAACAUCGCUCUUCGCUUCAAUAGCUUCCAUGCUGGUUUCAUUCUGCGCUGCACAUUUUUUUCUCCUCAAAGAUAAAUUGAAAUCUGCGACCUUUCCAAUAUAUGCAGUGACGUGUUUGCCAGUGACAUUUUUUGCCUUUGCUCAGCUCACUCUUUACGGGGAUCUUAUCCGGGCCAUCCUUACAAAGGUGCCGCAGCGUAGCUACAAGGUGUUUCCUCACUAGGUUUGUCAUUUAUGUUCUCCACCCCUUCGAUAUGUAACUGAGAACAUAUAAUUUGUUUUUGAGUGCUAAGAUUGGUUUAUGAUUUGUGUCAUGGUCAGUGUUGUUAAAGGCGCGCCUAGGCUCGAGGCUUGGGUUUAGCACUUGUUGUCAUCCUACGCUCACUGAUGUUUACUAGGCACGCGCCUCGUCCUGUUUGUGAGGUGCGUCUCACUGAUAUUUGUUUUAAAUAAAAAGGAUUGUUCUAUUUCUUAAGCUAAAAAGGGUACUUUUGGCAACAUAAUAAACAAAAAAGAGGAACUUUUGUACAAAAGAAUAAAAAAAAUAAGAAAGCCUAAUAGUUAAAGUGUUAACCGAACAGUAAUAGAAUGAGAUUGUGAGACAAACACAAAGCCCUAAUUGGAGAGAUGAACGAUGAAGCCACGUGAGUUCUCUCUCUCUUUUUUUUCUCUCUUCUCCUCUAGAUCUCCCCCCUCUUCUUAUCUUUGUUUACAUCUCUCUUUUCGUCUAGUCUAUUCUCUCUCUCUCUUUAUUUUUAUUAUUAUUAUUUUUUUUAUGAUUGUUUUUUCGUUUCGUUUUUUUUUCUUGUUAACAAUUUUUUUUUUUUUUUUUUUUUUUGUUAACAUAUUUAUUUCUUUUUGUUCUUUGUUUUGCCAUUCAAAAAAAAAAACAUUUUGCUUUGCCUUUCAAGAAAACAAAUUUGUGCUCUGUUUUAUCGCUGUUGGAUGCUUGUAUCGUUGAUGGAUUUACUUUUUUAUAUUUGAUAUUAAUUUUUAAAAUAUGGAUAUAACUUAUGAGAUAUGAAUGUUAUCAUGGUAGUUCAAAUUUUCAAUUGUGCUAACUUAUGAGAUAUGAAUGUUAUUAUGGUAGUUUAAAUUUUCAAUUGUGCGCCUCACUUCACUUAGGCGCGCGCCUCGCU